AUGCAUGAUUACAACUGUUCCAGACUGACUCCGACAUCAUUCAUAUUGAAUGGAGUUCCUGGGCUAGAAAGCGCGCAUAUCUGGAUCUCCCUCCCGUUUUGUUCUAUGUACCUUGCUACUGUGCUGGGGAACUGUGGGCUUCUCUAUCUCAUUUAUCUGGAGGAGUCCUUACACCGACCCAUGUAUUAUUUCUUGGCCUUGCUCUCCUUCACUGACAUCGUUCAGUGUACAAGUAUUGUACCCAAAAUGCUGUGUAUCUUCUGGUUUGAUCUCAAAGAGAUCAGCUUCAAUGCUUGCCUGAUCCAGAUGUUCUUCCUCCACACUUUCACAGGGAUGGAGUCUGGGGUGCUCAUGCUCAUGGCCCUGGACCGCUAUGUGGCCAUCUGCUACCCACUACGCUACACCACUAUCCUCACUAAUUCUGUCAUUUUCAAAGCUGGGUUAUUCACCUUUCUUCGAGGUGUGAUGCUCGUUAUUCCCUUUACUUUACUCACCAAAAGCCUGCCCUAUUGCAAGGGCAAUAUAAUUUCCCACACCUACUGUGACCACAUGUCUGUUGCCAAGUUGUCCUGUGGAAAUGUCAAGGUCAAUGCCAUCUACGGUCUGAUGGUUGCCCUCCUGAUUGGGGGCUUUGACAUCCUGUGCAUCACAGUCUCCUACACCAUGAUCCUCCAGGCAGUGGUCAGCCUCUCCUCAGCAGAUGCUCGACAGAAGGCCUUCAGCACCUGCACUGCCCACAUCUGUGCCAUCAUCAUCACCUAUGUCCCAGCCUUCUUUACCUUUUUUACCCACCGUUUUGGGGGUCAUACAAUCCCACACAGUGUUCAUAUUUUUGUGGCUAACCUAUAUCUGCUUUUGCCACCAACCCUGAAUCCUAUUGUCUAUGGGAUAAAGACAAAGCAAAUUCAGGAAGGGAUUCUCAAACUUUUCCUUAGCAAAAGACUACUGAAGAAAGAGAUAAAAGUAAAUCCCAGUGUGAUGAGAGAAGACCAUUUUCAUAGAUGA